AUGUCUUCUCUCAAAGUAACCAUUGACGCCUACGCCAUCCUGGCCGUUGCCCGCGAUGCUAGCGCUCAGGAAAUCAACGCUGCCUACAAGCGUUUGGCUCUGAAAUUCCAUCCUGACCAUGCUGGCAACACUGAGGCUAACAACGAAAAGAUCAGAGAGAUUAAUGAGGCUGUCGAAGUUCUUCGUGACCCCAAGAGCCGGGGCCGGCUUGAUGCCCAGCUGAAUGUAAACCGCAAGAGAGCUCGUGCUCCUGAUGAAUUUUCGUCUUCCUGCAGCGGGCGGGCAAAGAGAGAGCGCCGCUCUGAGUGCCCCUCUGAGCGCCAAUUCCAGAACCAAUCUCAGGACCAAUCUGAGCGCUCAUGGACCAACCACUGGGAAAGCAACUUCUUCCCGCAGGAAUCGUACAUGCGCAGCCACGCGGCCGGGGCUGGCCUUGGUGAAGAAGCCAGCAAGGCUCAGGAAGAACUCCUCAAGGAGCUUCGCAAGGAGCAGAUGUGUGAUCGCAUGAAGCGCGAUAUCAUUCGCCUGAUGGGGGGUAGCUGUGGCCCCGACUUUGACACUUUGCUUGCUUGGGUCAUAAACAAUAGCAUUGGCGAGAUGGAAGCCGACCAUGCCAAAAAUGUCUGUACCUUUCCUGGUUCCAUGGUUGGGCAGGUUCAAACCUGA